AUGAAGCUAUUACCAGAGCUAACGAAUUUAAGGCCAGAAUUUAAAGAAAUACCUACAAAACAAAAUGAGAUCCUGGCGAACUUGGGUCGUCCCCAUAUCGAUUCGUUCAACUAUAUGCUGAACGAAGGAAUCGAAGAUGUGCUGCAUCGGUUGGAACCGGUCGUUUUCGAGCUUGCGAACCAAAAUCGCAUCACACUACGGAUUACCGAUAUCAAUAUCGCGCAACCAACCGUACCGAUGAUGAUGGUGGAUGUGGCGGAACGGCGCGUAUUCCCGAGCGAAUGUCGCCAGAAGGCGGACACGUACGCCGGCAUGUGUACGAUAACGCUCGCAUGGGAGUUGAACAGUAUGCCACAGCCACCGUUAACACGCGAGAUGGGCCGCAUACCGAUCAUGCUCCAAUCGAAGGCCUGCAAUCUCGACGGCCUGUCGCCGGAGGAACUGGUCGCACGGGGUGAACACGAGGACGAAUGGGGCGGCUAUUUUAUAGUGCGCGGUAACGAGAAGCUGAUACGUAUGUUGGUGAUGACGCGAAGAAACUAUCCGAUCGUGGUCAACCGAAAUACGUGGCGCGAUCGGGGCAAAGAUUUUAGCAGCACCGGUGUAUUAGUCCGUUGCGUUCGCAACGAUCAACAUUCAACGAACAAUGUGCUCCACUUUCUUACGAAUGGUACCGCGAAGAUGAUGAUCAACAUACGGAAAGCGCUAUCGUACAUACCGGUCAUGAUGCUGCUGAAAGCGCUCGUCAACCUGUCGGAUAAUGAAAUUUAUCGGAAGCUAAUUGUUGGCUUUGAAAAUGAUCAAUACUACAAACGGUGCAUCAUGAACAUGCUGCGGGAGCUACACGACGUUAACAUGCACAGCACGCAGGAUUGUCGUGCAUCCAUGGGCACCUUGCUGAGAUAUGUUCUGAACCUAACCAAUAUGCCCAAGUGGUACACAAACGAGCAAGCCGGCAGCUACAUUCUGGACAACUGUGUGCUGAUUCAUCUCGACAGUAACGCGGACAAAUUUAAUCUCCUCGUGUACAUGGUACAGAAGCUGUUCGCAGUCGUGCAGGGUCGCUACGCAGCAGAAACGCUCGACAGUGCGAUGAUGCAGGAGAUAAUGCUCGGUGGCCACAUGUAUCAGAAGUUUCUCCGCGAGCUGUGCCUAUCGACGAUGGGUUACGUGCGCUUGAACCUGGGCAAGCUAUGUCCGGAAUCGUGCUCACCGAAUGUAUCCUCGAACGAAGUCAUGUUGGCGCUGAAGAACGUCGCCAGUUUUCAACAUCCGCUCACGAUGUUUCUUGCCACGGGCAAUUUGGCGAAAGCCUCCGAAAUCGGUCUGAUGCAAAACAGUGGGUUGGUGAUCAUAGCGGAAAACAUUAACCGCAUGCGCUACAUGUCCCAUUUCCGGGCCGUGCAUCGUGGUUCGUACUUCCUGACGAUGCGAACCACCGAGACACGUCAGCUGCUGCCGGAUGCGUGGGGUUUCAUCUGUCCCGUGCACACACCGGACGGGGAACCGUGCGGAUUGCUCAACCAUCUGACCUCGGACUGUACCGUAUCGGUUACGCAAAAUCCGGACAAGGUGGACAACAUUGCUAGUACGCUAGUGUCGCUCGGGAUGCAACCGAUCGAGGCACCCAAAGGUGUGGGAACCGUACCGCACGACCAGUGCUACGUGGUGUUACUGGAGGGAAAGAUGUUGGGUAUGUUGCCACGUGCCAUCGCCAGACAGGUGGUACAAAAGUUGCGCUUGCUUAAAAUUGAUGGUGAAAUUAUUCCUGACCAGACGGAAAUUGCGUUUGUCCCGGAACGUGAAGGUGGUCAAUGUCCGGGAUUGUUCCUGUUCGUUGGUCCCGCCCGUAUGAUGCGCCCGGUGAAGAAUUUGCUCUGCAACAAGACGGAACUGAUCGGUUCGUUCGAGCAGGUGUACAUGGAUGUCUGUGUCACGCCGGACGAAGCGUACCCAAACCUUACCACCCACAUGGAGCUGUCCAAAACGUCCUUCCUGAGCAACUUGGCACAGCUGAUUCCAAUGCCGGACUGCAAUCAAUCGCCGCGCAACAUGUACCAGUGCCAGAUGGGCAAGCAAACGAUGGGAACACCGUGCCACAACUGGGACAAGCAGUGCAUUGCGAAGAUGUACCGUUUGCAAACACCGGCGACGCCACUUUUCCGGCCAGCGCAUUACGAUAACAUCAACCUGGACAACUACGCCAUGGGGACGAACGCGAUCGUGGCCGUGAUUUCGUACACCGGGUACGACAUGGAAGAUGCGAUGAUCAUCAACAAAUCGGCGUACGAGCGUGGUUUCGCUGCGGGCAACAUUUACAAAACCGAGUACGUUGAGCUAACGGGCGAAAAUUUCUUUGCUCGCGAUCCCAAAGAUAUGACGCUCAAUGUGCACCUCGAUAACGAUGGGCUACCGUUCAAAGGUGCACAACUGACGAAAAACACGCCACUUUACUGCUACUUCGACUACAACGAUCAUAGGUAUCAUGUGAUGCGCUACAAGAGCUCCGAAGAUGGUAUCGUGGACAAUGUGAAGCUGGGCUGCCCACUACAGGACAGUGGACGUGGCGUGGGCCGAGGAAGCAUGGCGGUCGUAGGGAAGCAGCUAAUACUCACCUACCGUGUGCCGCGAAAUCCGAACGUUGGCGAUAAGUUCGCUUCCCGAGCGGGACAGAAGGGCAUCUGUUCGCAGCAGUGGCCCGCGAUCGAUCUACCGUUUACCGAGUCGGGCAUGAUACCGGACAUCAUUUUCAACCCGCACGGGUUCCCGUCGCGUAUGACCAUUGCGAUGAUGAUCGAAACGAUGGCCGGUAAGACGGGUGCCUGUCAUGGGCUGGUGCACGAUGCGACACCGUUCCGGUACGAUGAGGACAACACCGCGAUCGAUUACUUCGGUCGGUUGCUGGAACAAUCCGGGUACGAUUACUACGGCACGGAGCGAAUGUACAGCGGUGUGGAUGGGCGUGAAAUGAAGGUCGAUAUCUUCUUCGGUGUGGUGCACUACCAGCGGUUACGCCACAUGGUUAGCGACAAGUGGCAGGUACGCUCGACCGGACCGAUCGAUCAGGUGACGCACCAACCGAACAAGGGACGUUCGAAGGGCGGCGGUGUGCGGUUCGGUGAGAUGGAGCGUGAUGGACUCAUUUCACACGGAGCGUCCUUCCUGCUGCAGGAUCGUCUGAUGCACGGAUCGGACAAGGUGGUGACGCUCGUUUGCCGACGCUGUGGUACAAUGCUUGGGCCGAUGGACAGUGUUACCAAGCGGCUGGCGGUGAAUUCGAACGAGCUGCAGCAUACACCGGCCUCGUGUAGGCUGUGCGAGGACGAUAAGGAGAUUGGACAUGUGGAAAUUCCGUACAUCUUCAAAUUCCUCGUAUCGCAACUGUCGGCAAUGAACAUUAACGUUAAGCUUCAGCUUUCUUAUCCCGAUAUAUAA